CUAUCAGAGACAGUCCCUGCACAGUGCGCACUCAGCCCCUGCACUGUUUGCUCCUCCUGUGUCACUCUGUCCUUCCCGCCUCACUCCGUCUUCCUCUCUUUCCUCAGUGCCAGGAGUACAGAACCUGUUGCUGGAGUGCCCUUGUCUGAGUUUCUGCCUGGCUUUUUUCCUCUGCUCAGAUCUUCUCUUUGCUGCGGUGCUGCACUAAGCAUGGAGAGAGACCAGUCUUCCACCUCACCUGGGCAGGACAUCCAGGGGCAGAGCGGGGACAGACCUGCCCCUGGCCUGCCAUCCCCUGCUCCAGCCCCCAUGGAGCAGCCAGGCAGCUGGCCCCAAGCAGCCGUGUGUGACAUCUCGGAGGAGCUGAGCCGGCAGCUGGAGGACAUCAUCAAAACCUACGGGUCUGCCACCAGCCUGAUGGAGAAGGAAAGCGCUGCUGCAGGAACAGACAGGCCUGAGAAGGGAGAGCCAGGCAGCUUGGAGGAUGCAGAGUAUGAAGAUGGAAAUGAAGAGAGUGAGAAAGAGAAGCUGGCUCCUGGGGAUGCCUCCAAAGCAAAGGAGCCCAGCGGCAACAAGGAGCAGAAGCUGGAGAAGAAAAUCCUGAAGGGACUAGGAAAAGAAGCCACCCUACUGAUGCAAAGUUUGAAUAAGCUGAGUACUCCAGAAGAGAAGCUGGACCUGUUGUUUAAGAAGUAUGCUGAGCUGCUUGAAGAACAUCGUGCUGAGCAGAAGAAGCUGAAGUACCUACAGAAGAGGCAGGCCCAGAUCACCAAGGAGAAGGACCAGCUGCAGAGUGAGCACAGCCGAGCCAUCCUCGCCCGCAGCAAGCUCGAGAGCCUGUGCCGGGAGCUCCAGAGGCACAACAAGAACCUCAAGGAGGAAACAAUCCAGCGGGCACGGGAGGAAGAUGAGAAGAGGAAAGAAAUAACUAAUCACUUCCAGGGCACGCUGAGUGAAAUCCAGGCUCAGAUCGAGCAGCAGAGUGAGAGGAACAUGAAGCUCUGCCAGGAGAACACGGAGCUGGCCGAGAAGCUGAAGAGCAUCAUUGACCAGUACGAGCUGCGGGAAGAGCACCUUGACAAAAUAUUUAAGCACAGAGAACUUCAACAGAAACUGGUGGAUGCCAAGUUGGAACAGUCUCAGGAAAUGAUGAAGGAAGCCGAGGAGCGACACCAGAAAGAGAAGGAAUAUCUCCUGAACCAAGCUGCAGAAUGGAAGCUCCAGGCCAAAAUGUUAAAGGAGCAAGAGACUGUCCUGCAGGCACAGAUCACUCUCUACUCUGAAAGAUUUGAAGAAUUUCAGAAAACCUUGGCCAAAAGCAAUGAAGUGUUUGCCACAUUCAAACAGGAGAUGGAAAAAAUGACAAAGAAAAUGAAGAAGUUAGAAAAAGAUACUGCUACAUGGAAAUCCAGGUUUGAGAACUGUAACAGAGCAUUACUGGACAUGAUUGAAGAGAAAGCCAUGAGGUCCAAGGAAUAUGAGUGCUUUGUGCUGAAAAUCCAGAGACUAGAGAACCUCUGCCGUGCUCUGCAGGAAGAGAGAAAUGAAUUGUACAAAAAAAUAAAGCAAGCACAGUUCCCAGAAGAGGUGAAUGGAAAUGGCAUCUUAGAAGAAGAAGAAGAAGAUGAUGAAGAAGAUGAUACUAAAACAACACCUUCCCCCUCUGAGCGGGAGAGCAUUGAGCUGCAUGAGAGUGACAAGAGGAUGCUGAAGCAGCUGGCUGAAGCUUUCAGGGUGUCCCACAGGGCAGAGGAGUCCCUCCCAAGCAACAGCAGCAAUCCAGAGCCCUGUGACACUCAAACAUGUAAUGCCAUCCUGGUGCCAGAACCUCCUGCUCCUCUCACUCCUCAUUCAGAGGCUGGGAAAACCUGUGAGCAGCCCAGCACGAGCACACCAGCACCCACUGAACACACAGCAGCAUCCACUGAAAGUAUGACAGUGCCCACUGAGAAUGGGUCAAAGCCCACCAAAAGCACGCCCUCCCUUCCAGACAGGGUGCCAACACCCACAGAAAGUGUGCCAGUGCCUCCUGAGAGUGUGCUUGUCCCCACUGGGAACAUGCCAAUGCCCACUGAAAGCAUGCCAGCAACCCCUGAAAACGUGCCAACCCCCGCACAAAGCACACCCGUCUCCCUUGGGAAUAUGCCAGUACCCAUUCAGGGCCCUCCAAAAGCUGCAGAAUGUGUGGAUGGCCCAGCAGAUAGAUCUGUCCAGGGGCAGUCUGGGAAGCAAACAGGGGACACAGACAUGGAAGCAGUGGAUUGAAGACACCAUGUGCCCAGGCUUGUCUUCUGCAAACCAGAGCUCUGCUUUGUCCUCUAAAUUGAUACUUUUUUUUUUUUUUAAGAAACAAAAAUUGUUUCGUAAAACACACUCAUGUAUUUGUAUGCAAAUGUAAUGCACUUCUCUUUGCUACCACUAUCCAGUAAUAAUGGGUCUGCAAAUUUUGCAGUCCUUCAUCUGCUUGAAGUAUAAUACUUUCUUAAUGACAUGGAAAUACAAUGAAAUCACAGGAUCUCUUUUUCCCAGGCAUGAUGAGUCAUCUCAUUCAGGAAAAUAAUUUUAGUGUUGCACUUCCAUGUUUCAAAAAACAAUGCAAUUCUCAUGCAUAUAUUUAAAGACUCAUAAUUAAUUUUAUCUAUUUAUUUUGAUAUUGCAUAAAAGGUGGCCUACUUGGACACACUAUGAUUUUAAUAAAUGAGGUGAAAGGAAUCUGUAAUUACAAAGUAAAAUACUGAAACCAUAAAUGUGGUCAGCCAUAUCCAAGGAGUGGUGCAACAGCCAGAGGUGAAUUUUUGGGCAAGGAAAUCACCACUCAGCACUGUAACCUAAACACCCACAAACUUUCAGCCUUACCUUCCAUUGAUCUUUUCUGCUCAGUCUUCUAGAAUAGGUUUUGUUUUCAACAGAACUACAGGGAAAGGGAAAAGAUCUUUUCUAGAUUCACAUAAAAUAAUUGAAAACAGCAAUUUCCAAAUUGAUGGCAAUUUCCAAGGUAGGCAGUCACAAUUCUUUUUCUACAUCCACCAGAAAAUUGCUACAUUAUCAUACUAUUUGGAAUCACAAGGCCAGCAGUGGGGAUCAUGCCUGUUUCCAACACACGAAUAAGGUGAGAAGAUGAGAAGCUGGUUGCAGACCCCAGUUUCUAGGCAAGGAGCAGAAAGCAGAGUGGAAGGUACCAGGAUGUAUUCCAGAAGAAGAGAGAUGAAUAAUCCUGAGAUCGUGCUUCUGGAUGGUGCUGUCGCUCCCAGUUACAGCCACAUGAACCACAGCUUCCUCCUGGCACUGCUGCAUGGGCCAGUGCUCCCAGGAGAAGGAUGAGGACUCGCCUGUCACCCCAGUCUGGAGGCAGAGCACAAGUCAAUAAGCCAGAAGCAAAGAAGAACCAGGAAAGCAGGAAUCCCUCUCACAGAUACCUCCAGGGGCUGGCUACAUCCCCAUCCCCUUUCUUGUCUAACCGGCUCUUCCCACCUGCCUGCCAACAGCCAUUGCUUAACAAUGCAGCCACCUUGUCUGAAACUGGUUUGUUCUGGUGCCAAGAACAGCCAUGAAGGAAGGAGGCAAGGGAGGAUACCUACCCAGGCAGCUCUACAGACUCAAGCAAGGAGACUAAGUAGGCUUUUUAGAAGGUUGAAAUGUCCCCCCAGGAAUGUCCCCCAGGAUUAUUUUAACAUUCUGUAAGCCCAAGUAGGCUUAAAGACGGUUAAAAUAAUCCUGGGGGACAUUCUUUGUUUCUCAUCUCUUUCCUCUGAAUUCCACCCAGGCCUUUCAGAGCCUUAGCUGGACAGCUUAAGAAUUUGAAAAGGGCAAUUAAGCAAGAUGUUUAGAGGUUGGAAAGAGAAAUCUUACAAUCAAAGAAACCCAUGUUUAUAGACAAAUCCCGAGAAGACCCCAAAGACAAAGCAACUUGUUCAAGCCAAAGUUGAAACACAGGUGAACCAAAAGAAAAGACAUCACCUUUGACACAGUCUGGGAAACAGUGGCCACAGAGUCCUUCCAGCAUGCCACCCUCCAAAAAUGGGGUUUGAAUCUCUGCUUACUGCCAACAUGGCCCAUACCCUGGUUAAAUAUGUCUGUGAACUGCUUGGUUACAGAGCUGACCCUGGGAGUUUACAGAGCACAAACUGCAAAUGUGUCUUUGGAUAUGGCCUGUAGCUAUCAUUACUACAGUUUUCAAUUGUGAAUGCCUUAUGUUAGAUAACAAGACCUACAGGAUUUAUCUCAUGUCUUUAAUCAUGUGAAAGUAGAUAAUUUGAGUCUUAGUUAUCUUAAGCUCCUUUUAUAAACAGUGGAGAAGGAAAAGCAUCUUUUGAGGACAAGUUAUCCCAUGAUAAGACUGGCAUCCAAGUCAGAAGGAAUUACUUUCUCUCUGAAGAUGAUCUUUCUCUUCAGAUGCUAGAGCCAGCCUAAGACAACUAAUUUAAAUUUAAUAUGUCUAUUGUUAGGUAUCUAAAUUAGGCAACAUGAAUUCCAUCAAAUAUUCAGAUUCAAAGCCCUAAGUGAAUGGCCAUCUCUGAAAACCAAGCCAGUUAUGUGCCUGUGAAAACAUUAAUGUAUAACAAAUCUGUAUCCUAAGAUAAACAGUUAUACUCACCUGAUAAACUUAUUUUUAGUUUCCAUUGACUUAAGUUGGUAGAAAUAUAGUUUCUGUUACAAGUUUUGUUUGUUAUCAGGGUGACUUUUAAAAUUAAUGCAAUUCAUAUACUUGUUAAUGUGUUGGGGGUUUUAAUUCUUGAUCUUGUUUGAUUCUGUUGCCAUUUUAGUAACCACCUGCAUGAAACAAACUCCUUUUUCUUUAAAUAUGCCCUUAUUUUUCUUCAAAUAGCCUUCAGAUGUUGAUGUUUUCUUAUACAUUCGAAUAUUUAAUGCAAUAAUAAUGGCCUUACAACUUUAGGUUGGUUCCAUUUUACAUAAUCAUUAUGGUCACAUCUUUAAUUAUGUAAUUCAUGUCUCAUACCUUCCAGCUUCAGCAAGCAGGGAGACAAGAAUCCUGCAGAUAAAAACUUCCUACAUAGUUAUGAUUUAUUCUUACAGCAUCAUUCCUCAUGAAUAAAUACACAGCCUUCUGGGAAAAUUACUCCCACUCUCUUCCACCUUCCUCAUUUUUGCCCUUGAAAUUCUAACAUUGCAAAAUUCUAAUACUCAAAUACUUGCAGCUCCUAUUACUAUGAGUUUAUCUCACAUACCUGUUGCUUCUCUUCUUUUCUCAUGUACCAACUGUAUUUUAUCCCAGCAGUUUCCUCCUCAUUUUCAGUAUGUAUAUGCACACAUACAAUACUGAAAGCACAGAAGAGUGACCUCCAUAGCUUUAAGUUUCAGGAUUUGGCUUCAUGUGUUUACAAGAGAUGAGAAUUGCAGGGAAAAUUCUGGCUGAUCCCAGGCUCCAUGGAGUAUUUAGUCAAACUAUGGAGAUGGUUUAUGUAAUCUCAUGGCCUGUAGAGCUGUGGAAAGCUAGAGUACCCUCAUUAGAAGUGGAAAAUCUGUAAAAUUUAACCAAGCACCUCUUUAUCAUCCACUGCAUCAGACCAGAAGAUUAAAUCACCAUCACAGAUUUCUGUGUGCUAACCUGGAUUCUCUCAUUCUUCUUCAACAUUAAUUCCUGGCCUCCCUUGCUCUUUUCUUCCACUGGUACCCAAUAUAAAACUGACUAUGCACAGUAUCCUAGUGAAAAGCCUUUGGGAUGGCAGUCUGCACAACAGCUCUGCUGCUCUUCCUCAGGUGCCUCUGCACUCAAGGCACAGAAGCCCACGCUUCUGUGGGCUUUACACUCAUUUGGAGGCAGCAAGUGGCAGUGAGACGCACCUCCCCAGUGUCCAUUGUCAUCAUCAUUAUUCUAAUCUGGCAGUGUCAUCAGUCCUGGUGUGUUCUGUGGUUGCCUCCCUCAGUCUUGCUUUUAUUUCACACAGUUUUUCCCUUAUCUCCAGGCACAGAUUUGGGGGAGAGGAGAGGUGGUGAUGGCAGCUAUUUCUUCCUUACUAAGAAGCAACAGCUUUUUUAAAAUCAGCAUCUGCUGACAUUCAUUUGGUUUCUGGAAUUUCUGUUUUCUCAGGUUAGGUGGUCCAGGUACCCUAUGGCUGACACUGGAAAGUUUCAGCCCUCACAUUGCCAGCUAGUUCAGGUUCUGAAAAACAAAGUUGCAGGCUGAACACACCUCCAGUGUCACAGCCAAUCCCACACAGAAAUGAACCUUAAGUCGCAAGUGUCAAGUGCUGCUAGUCAUUAUGCUAUCUCUUCCCAUGUGUUCCACACCAAUUUCCAGAGAAAUAAAAAUAAAAUGCCAUCUCUGGCAGAAAUUUGAGUUACA